UACAAAAGAGAGAGCAGGGGAAUGCCCUGCGUAGUGUAGUAGCGAGCACGGCAGUGUAAUCGUGAGCACAGUAGCAGUGUGGCGCCCGAUACACUGCUGCGCCUUGACAGGGGUUUAUUUACCGUGUCACAUCUACAUAGGGGGGGCAGUAUCCAGAAAUACUGAUUUUACCGCUAAAAACGCCGUCAGUUGAUACCAGCUGCCAUGGCGGAUUUUCUAUGGGGGGAUGGGUGGCAUUACAAUUAGGGGUGGGUGCGCCGAGUAUUCCUCUUUUUCUUUCCCUUGCUUACGCAAAUGCCUGUUUUUCUUCCCUUCCUUGCGCAACGGCCUGUUUCCCUCUCCCUUACGCUCGGAAUGCCCUCAAUCUACGGCAUUCCUUGCACCCGGAAUACCUCCCUAAUUACGGACUGCAGUGGAGGAUUACAGCGGUCUUGUUGGCUAUAAGGAGGCACCUUUUCACCUGUAUUUUAGACCGAUCUAAGCAGACAAUUCAAUGCUCAGUUAAUCCAGAUCACGUGCAACAGAUCCAACUCAUUGGAUCGGUCCAGUUCCACAAGGCUUGGCGUACUUCCGAUCCGAAGUGAAAACACACAAGUUCUCUGCAUGCUACGAGCAACCUGUUGGAUUCGACACACAGAUGGAUU